GCCCCAGGCACACUGGGCGGAGGAGAGGCAGGAAUCACGGAAGUCAGUUCUCUCACACUCACCUGAGCAGGGAAGCUGGAUUCUCACAGGGCUGGGGGGAGAUCUCCCACACUCCACAUACUGGAGACCACCUGAGUAACUUUUUUAAAAGUUUGAUUAGAACCCAGGCUGUGUGCUCAGUUCAGACUCUGCCCAUACAAGGUUCUGCCAGCAGUGCCCACACAAGGAUCUGCCAACAGUGGGGCUCAACUUUCCCAUGGCUAAUGAAGGGCAGAUGUAAUUGUACCAGCACUUGUGAAGGACCCUCCACACCCCAGCCAUGCAGGAGGAGGCAGGUAACACAGAGAGGGUGCAGGACUGAUACCAAGUUGUGAAAGGGACUUUCCUCAAGAACUGCAGGACAUACAGGACACCUGGGGACAGUGACACGGCAAGAUGCAGGAACCGCUGAGGACACCAUGGUGGGAAAGUUUGCUACAGUUGGACCCUAUGAUAAAUGCAGCAAGUAUGACGGGCCAGGAAUUGAAAUGGGACUAUGUGCUGGUGUGUCAGAGCAGCUCUAUUGACAGUAAGGAGGAGGAGACGAGGCGGAAGUAUAUCUCUGAACUGGAAAUGAAGCACUUCAAGAUAAAGAAAGCUAGAGAUGGUAAGAAGAUCUUCUAUGGAGUCCGGGCACCUCCGGAUAUUUUCCACAAAUAUGUCCGACUGCUCAAGAACCCAGAUCAAGGCACUUCCGUUCCCACCAAUGAACAUGUUUCUGAAACAAGCAGGAUUCGCAUUGUUCAUUUUAUUCUGCACAAAACCAACAUUAACUCUGGAGAAACUUUAGAUGAUUUAAUAAACAGUGGAAUAUUUGAGACCGCUUUCCCAUUACACGCCUUGGAUGAACCUCUCGGCAAAGACCUAAAGCAUAAGUGGGCAAGAUGGCGAGAUGUCAUUUACACGCAGCCUGUGCAGGAGAUCAGAGAGUACUUUGGAGAGAAGGUGGCGCUAUACUUUGCAUGGCUUGGAUGGUACACCAUCACCUUGUUUCCUGCUGCCCUGGUUGGGAUUGGGGUUUUCUUUUACGGGUUUAUGCAUUUCAACACCAGCAAAAUCAGCCAAGAGAUCUGCACAGCCAACUCAACGCUGAUGUGUCCUCUCUGUGACCAGAACUGCCCGUACUGGCCAUUGUCAGACACUUGUACAUAUGCAAAGGUUACACAUUUAUUUGACAAUGAGGGCACUGUAUUCUUUGCUAUGUUCAUGGCACUCUGGGCUACAUUAUUCCUGGAGCUGUGGAAGAGGCAGAGAGCGAAAGUUGCCACUUGGUGGAACCUGUUCAGUUGGGAUGAGGAUGAGGAGGAGCUGGCUCUAGAGCAGAUUAAUAAUCCAGGUUGUGGUUACCAGGCACACCAACAUUCUUAUCUACGCUCCAUUGGGGUUCUCCUGGGAGUUGCUCUUAUGAUAGCCAUUUUAAUUGGCAUAGCACAAGCUCUAGUCAUAUACCGAGUGGUAGUGACAGUGUCCUUCAUGCGCUCAUCUUGGGACUUAUUACGUGAACAUUCCACCACAGCUGCCGUCAUGUCUGGAGCUGUACUGCAUUACAUCACUAUUGUCAUCAUGACCAAGGUGAAUCGCAAAGUGUCCACUUAUUUAUGUAACUUGGAGAAACCUCGGACUUUCACAGAUCGAGAAAACAGCUUCACAACGAAAGUGUUCACAUUUCAGUUCGUCACACACUUCUCAUCUCUUUUCUAUGUGGCGUUCUUCCUGGGAAGGAUAAACGGUUAUCCAGGAAAUUAUGUGCGUAUUGCGGGGCACUGGCGGCUGGAAGAAUGUCACCCAAGUGGCUGCAUCACAGACCUCUUUAUACAGAUGUGUAUCAUCAUGAUUCUUAAACAGACGCUCAGUAACUGUGUGGAAUUUCUCUCCCCAUACUUAUGCCUCAAGGUGCACUACCUGCAGGCUCGGAUGAGCAGGGUGCAUGUUGAGCAGGGCUCAGAAGAUUAUGUCAUGGAGUCAUGGAAAGCCAAUUACAGGAUGGGCAAAGUGCAUAUAUUCAGUUUGUUUGAUGAAUUUCUGGAAAUGGUCAUCCAGUACAGUUUCACUACAAUCUUCGUGGCUGCCUUCCCCCUGGCCCCACUCCUUGCUUUCCUCAACAAUGUGCUGGAAAUCCGUCUGGAUGCCAUCAAAAUGACCCGCCUGCAGCGCCGCCUAGUGCCCAGAAAAGCAAAUGACAUAGGUAUCUGGCUGCAAGUCCUAGAAGCUGUGGGUGUACUUGCUGUCAUCACUAAUGGCCUAGUCAUUGCUAUCACGUCUGACUUCAUCCCUAGGCUUAUAUACAAAUAUGCCUAUGGACCCUGCGCACACGGGGAGAAGGACAUUGACUGUCUCACAGGUUACAUUAACCAGAGUCUGUCCAUAUUCCACACUCGGGACUUUGAGAGGCUGACCCAAGUCUCACAAUCAGUAUACUCAAAUGUCACAGAAUGCAGAUAUCGUGACUACCGUACAGCUGAUGAUUACAGUCACUCUGUGCAGUUCUGGCAUAUAUUUGCUGUAAGACUUGCAUUCGUCAUUGUAUUUGAGCACGUGGCUGUAUGCAUAAAGUUUGUUGCUGCCUGGUUUGUGCCUGAUGUACCUCAGUCUGUACAGAAUAAAAGUCUACAGCAGAAGUACGUGCAACUGGUCAAUGAGCUCCGAGAGAUGCCAGAGGAAACUGAUGAGUUAUCCCAUGACAGUUCCCCCCACCCUUACAGAAACCUACUAGCGGAUCUCAGUUUGAUAGAGCGAUCAACGGAGGUUUAGAUUCCACAACAGCGCCUGUGUAAUGAAGAUGCUGCUUGACCAGGUGGUAUAUGGACCAAGCACUGACCUGGAGUAACACAAUGCAGAACCUUCACCAAAUGUCCUGACUUGUAAAUAUUGUGUUUUUUUUUUUUUAAAUAAAAUACUUU